AUGGACGUCAACAGGAGACUGGGGAUGAGGGACACUGUGCUUGCGCUCUUACUCGCCAUACUCCAGGGAUUUCCUCUCGGGGAAACGGCCCCGAACCCGUCCCCGUUGGUUGGAUCCAACUGGGGGAACCCGAGGAGAUAUGUUCACCUGCAGACAUCUACAGACCUCAACAACUUCUACUUGGAGAUCAAAUUAGAUGGCACAGUGCGCCGAACUACAGUCAGGAGUUCAUAUAGUGUGAUUUUACUGAAAGCUGAAACAAGGGAGCGCAUUGCCAUCCUCGGCGUCAAAAGCGGCCGUUACCUGUGUAUGGAUUUGGAGGGCAACCCAUUCAGCUCGCCCACCUGCCUCAGGGAUGACUGUCUGUUCAACCACAGACUUCUGGAGAACAACCGGGACGUGUACUAUUCCACCCGGACCGGCAUCCUGUUCAACCUGGAGGGCUCCCGACAGGUGUUUUCAGCGGGCCAGAACCUGCCGCAGACAUCCCUUUUCCUGCCUAAGAAGAACACAGUGCCGCUGGAGCGCCUCCUGCUGCACAGGGAGAAGAGGAACCAGGUGGUGGAUCCCUCCGACCCGCACAACGUCUACGUUGGUCAGACCGAGGAGGGCUCUGACUCUCGGGCCGUUCCGGAGGACGACGCCGAUCUGGAGGUGGAGGUGGAGGCCGGGGACGAUGGGCGCAACGUGUCCCGGGAGACGCCGCUGGCUCCUUCCACCCACGACCCCUGGAACGUGCACUCGUCCAACCUGGCCAGCCCCCGGAGCACCGGGACCAUGGGCUGAUUUUAGUUGUGACUGAUAUGGAUAUCAUUACCUUAAUUUAAGUGAGUCCAAGUUUGGUUUAGUUUUUGAUCUGUGAGAGACAAAAAUGAAAGGGCAAAGGUUUUUCCUUUUUUUUCACAGUGACUAAAUAAUGUCUUUUCACCCCUCACUCAUUCAGAAAACAGUGUUUAUUCACACAAAUAUUAGACUUGACUUGCAUACCCUUUUUUUGCACAAUGUAUUAUGUUAAAACGCAAUUCUUUGAGAUCACUGCAGAUUUAAUAAGUUCAAUCAAUAAGGGAUUUGCGUUUUACCUGGAUUGUUCUCAUCAACAUUUAGUAUUUAGUACAUUCACAAGCAGGUUUGGUGAUUAAUGAAGCAUAUAGGGAUUUCACCACAUCUAAACAUUUUGUUUGAUGUUACAUCUGCCAACUCUCCCAGACAGAAAUAGAUUACUGAAAAAGAAAAUGUUAAUUUUGUGCCAAGAUGAGUAAUCCAAAUCCAUUUCCCAUUCCCAUCCAUUACAAUUGGCACGCUCUCACACCGCACUGUAGCUUAGAUGAUAAAUGGGCCAUUUCUCAUCUAAGCCACAUGGCCGUAAACAUUGAUAAAAUUAUUCAAAAACAAAGUUUGGUUUCCCUGAAGAACUAUGAUUCAUUUUAGUGAGGAUGCAAUUGCUUACCAAGAAAACAAAGCCUUAGAAAUUAAGAAUCUCAAGACUGCGGACAAGUAAGCAUGUGCAUGUUUUGGUCUCUUCUUAUUGAGGUUUUUACAGCUGGUCUGAGAAACCCACAUUUCAAAGUGACAUUGAUGUUAUCUCAAGACAGAAGCCUUAUUUAGCCUACCUCUGAAGGACUGAAGGCCCUGUCUACUGAUGUGAA